CAAAAAUCAUGUAGAAGUGAUCUAAUAUGAAACGGUUUCGUCUAAUUGAAAAAUGAAUAAACGGCUAGACAGAUGUUGUUUGAAGUUUGAGCGUGUACUUCCUCCAGUUAUCUGUACAAUAUUAUUUGUCUUUUUCUUUACUGUAAUCGUGCCAGUUAUCGUAUCACUGAUUCGUCACCAUCUUAGAAGAGAAACACCUAUCGAAUAUAGCGAGUGCUACGAAGAUGCUAAUGGAUUAGACUACCACGGCACAAUUAAUACCACAAGAAAUGGGUACGAGUGUAUGGCAUGGGCAGAAUUGAAAUUCAAAGUAUUGAUGAAGUUUUCCAGUCUCGGUCCAAGUGAUCACAACUACUGUAGGAAUCCUAAUGGGAAUUUGACAGCAUGGUGUUAUACUCCAGAGUCCGAUAUUGGUUGGGACUUUUGUGAUAUUGGAGAACCCAGCGAAGACUGCAAUAUUCCAGGUUUGCCACUGACUUUACCACCUAAAACGUCUACUACAGUUGCUCCGUCUGAUACAUUUGAAGAAUGCUACGUAGAUGUUCAAGGCACUGACUACAGAGGAACUAUUAACUCAACCACCAAUGGUCUGGACUGCCAAAUAUGGAAUGAACAGUCUCCCCAUCAACAUACGUUCACGCCCGAGAACUACCCUAGCUCAGGUCUGGAAGAUUACAACUACUGUCGAAAUCCCGACGGUAAAACUCGGCCGUGGUGUUUUACAAUCUAUCCAAGUAUACGUUGGCAACAUUGUAACGUGGGGAACCCUGCUGAAAAUUGUGGUUCAAGUACUGCAUCUCCAAUGGACUCAUCUACAGUCGAAUCUGCAUAA